GUUAAAUUGAUUGGUUUUCCAAUUUGGAAAAUAAAAACAAUAUAAAAUUUUCUUAGUUAAUUAAGUACACAACUUCAAAUAGUGAUAUGAUCGGCUGAUUCUGACCAACGCCCAAAUAAAUGGUUUAAAUGACUCAAAAUAAAUUAGUUGAGUCAGUUAUGGAUCUGCAUACCAAGCAGAGACAAUUUUCUGGACAACUGUACAAGUACACAAAUGUGAUGAAAGGUUGGCAGUACAGAUACUUUUUAGUAGAUGCCAAUGCAGGACUUCUACAUUAUUUCCUCUGUGAAGGUGAAAAACCUGAUGGAACAGUGCCCAGAGGGUCAGUACAUUUAGCUGGAGCUGUGAUAUGUCCAAGUGAUGAAGAUUCAAAGACCUUUACAGUUAACUGUGCUUCAGGUGAUAUGUUGAAGUUGAGAGCUACAGAUGCUAGAGCAAGACAGGAAUGGGUUAAUGGGUUGAGGGCUGUGGCAGAGUCUCACACUAAGGCAAUCAGUGCUAGUAGUCCUCCAUUACCUCCAAGGGAGCAAUUGGCAGUAUUGGAUGCUUUAGGAUGUGUGAGGUCACAGCUUCAACAAACUGAACAAGCUGAUUCUGCUCUUUGUAGGUCUAUUGAGUCUGCAGGUAGCAAAUUCUUUGUGGAUCCCAAUUUGCUCCUGCUCAAAGCCACAUCAGCAGCAUCACUGCAUUGUCUAACUCAGUGCAUGAACAUCCUACAGAGAAAUCAACACACUCAGCAAGCAAGAACAGGGAAAAUGUAUCAGAUAUUCUUGAAUUUCCCGGGUAAGAAAAUCCGGAAAAUGAAAUUUAAAAAAUGGAAUAGUUUGUGAUUAACUGCGUGACAGAUCGAAGCAGCUUCUAGAGUGAUAUUCAGAAAGAAGUAAGCGAUUUUAUACCUGCAUUUAUUGUAUAUAGUUUGUACAUAUAUAUUGUAUAUCUUACAUCUUAUCUAUUUAUUCCUGUAUAAGUAAAUAA